AUGGAUGAGCUUUCCGCAGAACAAGAGGAAAUGAGACGAAAAGGCAUACCAAUGGAUGCAUUUGUUGAACCAGAAGGUGAAACUAUUAAACCUCCUCCGUGGGAAGAAAAUACCCAAGCCCCGCAAGAUAUCUAUGUAAGGCAACAACAACAGUAUCAAGACCAGCCAUUUCAGCAACAGAUGUUACCACAAUCAGCAAACGGUUUGAAUGGUCUGGAUCCAUAUCAAGGUUCAGCUGUUUCCAGAUCCCUUGUCUCCAACAGAACUGCUAAGCCCUUUCUGGGUGGUCAUAAUCAAGGACAGAAAACCUUCUCACCAGUCAGCGGUGUCUUAAGCCCAACAUCUAGGAAACCUGAAAACAUAUUCAAGGUUCCUGUUCCAGUAAACACAGCCCCACAGAUUUGGUCCCCCACAUCAGACAUCAUUGCUUCACGUGAUGAACGUAUUGCUAUACCUGCAAUUAAAACAGGGAUCCUGCCAGAAAAUAAAAGGAGAGGAGCAAACAAGACAGACUCAAAAGAGAAGCCUCUGCUUCAGACAAAAGGUGAUCAGAAGUCUGUAACAGAGUCAGUUCCAGAAGAAGACUUUCUCAGUCUGGGUGCAGAAGCAUGCAAUUUCAUGCAAGCUCCAACAAUCAAACAGAAAAACCCUCCACCUGUCCUACCCAAACCUACCAUCAACCCAGCCCACCCUCUUUGGUCUGCAGAGGGUCGUGGCAUGUCUCAGAAUCCCCUUGCAGCAUCAAGCUCAGUUCCAGCUAUGGGGAACACCCAAGUGCAGGCAGUACCCCAACAAAGCCCACCAAAGCAGCCUGCUGGAAAAGCCUGGCCCCCAUUGUCAUCUCAACCAAUACCACAGGAGGCAUCACCUGCUUGGGUUCCAUCCCAAACACCAGAUCUGAAUCAACCAGCCUGGAUUCCAGAACCACAUCAGGCAAAAUGUGCACCAGAUUUAAUCCGUGCUGGUUCUUCCCAGGCUAAAACAUCAUGGAUUAGAUCAAGUGAUGGUAACUCUGUUGCUUCCUGCCCACCGCAACACAUGAGCACAUAUUUUCAGGGAUCUAAGGCUCCAUCAUCUUCUCCUAAAGGGUUCUCAUCAGAUGCAAGUGCUUCUGAGGGACUGAACCUUAAAGGAAAAGGAGCUGAACUGUUUGCCCGAAGACAGUCCCGUAUGGAAAAAUUUGUGGUGGACAAUGAGACUGUGAGAGCCAACAAAGCAACAUCCUCAUCGCCAACACUUUCAAUGCCAAGCACCUGGAAAUACUCUUCUAAUGUCCGUGCCCCACCUCCAGUCUCCUACAAUCCUAUUUUGUCUCCUUUUUAUCCCCUUGCAGCAGUUAAACAACCCCCUCCUGCAACUAGCCCAAAGAUAAAGUCUAAAGCAAACAAGGAGAAGAAGAAUCCAUCACCCAAACAUCUAAAUGUUCUGGAUGUUAUGAAACAUCAGCCUUAUCAGUUAAAUUCCUCACUUUUCACCUACAACUCCACUCCAGAGGCCAAGGAAGCAGUUCCCCCUACAGAGUCUAAGCAAACCUCUGCUCAAACUCCUACCAGUUUCCAGUCCCUUGCUUAUGAGCCCUCUACAGCAUUCUCCCCCUCCCCAAAUAGUUUGCAGUCAGUUAAGCAAAUUCCAUCUAAAGCCACUGGAGAGAGAUUCAGCAGGAGCCGUUCCUUGUCUUUCCCCCAGAGACUGUCCUCUGUGUCUCCUGCUUCCCCUGUGUCCACACCAGGUGUCCAUUCAACACGUCAAUCACUGAACAGGCAAUAUUCAUGGGUGGAACAGCCCAAAAAAACACUCUCCUCUGUGGAGACAGUUUCUCAAAGGUCCUUUGGUCCUGAUGAGUCCAAAUUUUCUGCUAUUCAUAGAAAAUCAUUACCAGAAACACCAGCAGAAUGGAAGCAAAGAGUUUUCUAUGACUCUGUUGGUGGCUCACAGGAGAUGGAGCCUUUAAUAGCUAUUACAUCCCCCACCAACAGCUUUCCUUCAGUGCCAAAAGAACCAAUAUAUGGGCCGCCUUUCCGUCCUGCACAGCCUCUGGUGACCAGCAACAGGUACAACAGGGGUAGUUCUCUACCCAGAAAUUUCACACUUCACACAAACUGUCCACAAUUGCAUAAAGUCAGUUGGAAACUGUAAUUAAAUAUGUCUGUUCAUGCUGAUUAUUAUUAUUUGUAAAAAAAAAAAAAGGUUUAAGAAAUAAUUUACACUUAACAUGAAACAUCUUUAAUUUUCCACUCUAGUUGCGUUCAAGAUCCAAGAGAC